UUUUUACCAUCCACAUGCAAUGCUUUCGUUCAAGGUACUACCGAAAGCGAGUCCACCUCAUCAGGGAUGCCCAGCUUGGCGAUCAUGCUUUGCUGCAUCAUAUGUGUGUUCUGCUGCGGCGUAUUCUUGGUCAUCAUGGCGUCCACAGACAGAAAAGAGGUAAGUACCGUGACAAAUGAAGACCCUGCCCUAGGAAGCGAUGACGGUCAAGGACCCGGACCUGUUGUGUCGAAUCCACUCCCUCGGAUGACACCCAGACCCAAGACAGACGUGACAGGGCAGCCUGCCACGCAAGAAAGAAUACCGACUUACCACAUGAGUACGGCUGGUACCGAGCAACAGGCUCUGACGAGUUCAACAACUGCCAUAACACUGCCAGCAGUCGCGCCAGCUACAACUACGCCAAGUACAACACCUACGCCGAGUACAAGCCCCCGUCCCAGCUCAUCCAUCCGCCCUGCCUCGCCCCGCGCCAGUGUUACUACGCCAGCGAUGAGGCAUCGCCCCAGGCCCACCACCCUCCCUACCCCUCCCCGCUUCAGGCCGAUUGUGCCCACGACCAGCCGACGCCCUUUUCCCGUCACGCCAGCUACAACUACGCCAAGUGCGACACCUACCCCGAGGACAAGCCCCCGUCCCAGCUCAUCCAUCCGCCCUGCCUCACCCCACGCCAUUAUAACUACGCCAGCGAUGAGGCCCACCACCCUCCCUACCCCUCCCCGCGCCAGGCCAACAGUGCCAGUGACGAGCCGACGCCCUUCUCCCCGCCCCACCCCACCACGCACAUACCCCACCUCGCCCAGUGCCAGGACCACUACACCAACGCCGAGUACGACCUCAAGUGUGACGACAACUCCCACAACGACAACUAUGACGACGACUACCACGACGUCUACCACGACGACUACCUCAACAACGACUACUACAACAACGACGACUACGACCACCACGACGACUACUACGACGACUACCACGACUACCACAACAACGACAACCACAACAACGACAACAACGACCACCACGACGACUACCACGACCACUACCACAACAACGACAACAACAACGACGACUACGACUACGACGACAACAACUACGACGACUACAACUACAACAACCACAACAACCACGACGACUACGACGACCACAACCACGACGACUACAUCUACGACAACAACUACGACGACUACAACUACACCUGCUCCCUCGCUCACACCACCUCCAGUGGCCGCACCCUUGCCUUAUAAUAGCUACCUGUGCACACUCGCCGAGCCAGCGCGCGGCACUAAAGUGCGCCUGCCUCCGGACAACGUUUGCGACUACCUGUUUUACGACUCACUCUACAAGAACGGCAAGAACUACCUGCUGGCUGGCUCUGGUAAUAUGGAAAACAGCGUUAUAUACUUCAUCACUCGGGCGCACAAGUACAACAAGACGAAGUUAGGUUUGUCCUUCGCACCUGAGAGCGCCCUCUUGAAGAAAGACUGGACCCUGUACAAGGACCCUGUAUUCUUCACUUAUAUCGACUCCUUCUGGGGCCUAAAUAUCUCCCAUUUCGGCUUCCUUGACCUCCACACACAGUUCGCAACUAAACCAGUGGUCACAGAUGCCCUCUCUGUCCUCAAGGCCAUAUACCUUCAUCUGAAACUGAAGAGCUCAGCAACAAGGCCUUCCUACUACGUCUUGGGCUUGUCUCUGGACACACCGAAUGACUAUUCCGUUGUGGGUUUGAUGAAGACAGUCUUCACCCCAUCGUUUUUCAUUUCCAUCGCGCACCUCUCCUACUCGGUCAGCAAUUUCCCAGACUGCCGGAUAUUCCCUGUUGCUAUGGAUGCGCUACCUGCAGGCCUUGUCCGAGGGAGAGACUACAGCUACGGGCACACUGUGGGCGAAAGCAUCGCUGUCCUUAGGGAAGUUGAGAAGCUGAACCUCUCCAUUCCCGUUGCAAUAUCGUUCGGGAUGAAGGGAAUGUACUACGCUCCCAAGUUUGCCGAUCCGUCAUCACCGAAAGACGAAGAGUUCGGGCUGUUUAAACCGUGCCAGGAUUUUGCUUCUGCUAAGUUCGACGACCCUAAGAAGGUGUGCCGUGAGGGCGGCUGGAAAGCGCCGGAGAACUUGCCUCAAUAUGCCCACAACUUGGCGGAGAAGAGGAUGAUCACCUACCUAACCGAGGCAACUAUAGCUAGACUCGCAUGUGAUACUAAGCACUUCAACCUUAAACUAAACUACGGCCUUGCUGCUUACGACAUAGACUACGAUGCAAAUCCAGCAUGCCAGAAGUUCGGCUUCGCAACACCAGUUAGAGGCCCUUCUCAGCGGAACCGGGUCCUUAAUAUGCGCCAAGUCAUGAAUUUUUUGCGUACAAACUACACCAGCGCCAAAGACAACGUCAACUGCUUACUGGUUGCAGACCCUCUAAACGCCCUGCUUGGUGGUUAAACUUCAGUGAAUGCCGUCCAUAUGGGUUUUCCCCUGAAGUCGUCGUGGCUGCUGGACUUGUCAAGCGAACUUCUACAAAAAGUAAAAGAGGAGAGGGAGAAGAAAAGCUUCGUUUUUGAGUUGGGCAUCACGUGUCCGUUUGCAAACGGUUCAGUGCUGCUUCUGCAAUCCUCAACAAUAUAUGAUGCACAGAAUAAGCUAAUUAACACUAAUUUUGUAGUGAUAGCAAUUACGCGAAAGCUCAAGGCACCGCCAUUG